AUGCCGACGCGAAUCCUGUGCGUCGCGGAGAAACCGUCGCUGGCGAGCGCGAUCGCGAGGACGCUCGCGCGCGGAGGCGAUGGAGGCGAUCGCGGCGUCGUCGCGCGGCGAGGGCUGGCGACGGAGGUGCACGAGUUCGCGACGGCGCGAGAGGGGUCGUGGGCGUUCGCGAGCGGGACGCGGGACGGACGCGCGGAGUGGCGGGUGACGUCGACGACUGGGCACGUCGCGAGCGUGGAGUUUUCGGCGCGGUAUCAGGCGUGGGAGGGGUGCGAACCGGGGGAGCUGUUCGCGGCGGACGUGGUGAAGCGCGCGGACGGGCGAAUGGUGGGGCAUCUGGAACGCGAGGCGAGAGGGUGCGAUUAUCUCGUGUUGUUUCUCGAUUGCGACCGGGAGGGGGAGAAUAUAUGCUUCGAGGUGAUGGAGGCGUGCGCGGGGGGGUUGAAAACGGGAGCGACCGAACCCGGGGCGCCGUCGGCGCGGAUUCUGCGCGCCAAGUUUAGCGCGGUGACGCGAGAGAGCAUCGAGCGCGCCAUGAGGACGCUCGGCGAACCGAACAGAAACGAGGCGCUCGCCGUGGACGCGAGGCAAGAGUUGGAUUUGAAGAUGGGCGUCGCGUUCACGCGAUUCCAAACGCAGUAUUUUUUGAACAAGUACGAUCGCUUGGAUGCGCGCGUGGUGUCGUACGGGCCGUGUCAAACCCCCACGCUCGGUUUCGCCGUGCAGAGACACUUGGAGAUUAUUCGUCACGUUCCCGAACCGUAUUGGGCGCUGGACGCCUCGUUUGACGACGCGGCGACGGGGGACACCAUCGCGCCGGCGUGGCGACGGACGAGAUUGUUUGACGAAGAAACCACGCGCGCGUUUCUCCAGCUCGUGAACGACGCCAACGAGUUCCGAGUCACCUCGAUUGAGGUCAACGCGGAAAAGCGCGGGCGCCCGAGCGGGCUAAACACGGUCGAGAUGCUCAAGGCGGCGUCGGCGGGUUUGGGCAUGGGCGCCCACCGUGCGAUGCAAGUCGCCGAGCGUCUGUACAUGGCUGGUCAUAUAUCGUACCCACGCACCGAAAGCACGGCGUACCCUCGCGGUUUCGAGUUGAAGCAGACGCUGACGAUUCAAAAGUCCCAUCCGACGUGGGGCGCGUUCGUCUCGCGCUUGCUCGACGAAAGUUCGAUGACGUCGCCCAAGCGAGGCGUGGACGCGGGUGAUCACCCACCGAUAACGCCGAUGCGUGCGAGUACGGAAGACCAAGUGGGAGGCGGUGAGGCGUGGCGGCUGUACGACUUCAUAUCGCGACAUUUCAUCGCGAGCGUAUCGCCCGACUGCGAAUACGAGACGCAAACCGCGACGUUGGACGCCGGCGGCGAAGAGUUUACGCUGCAGGGUAAGCGCGUUAUCGAGCACGGGUGGACGGAGAUCAUGCCGCACAGGAUGAUCGAAGAUAGUUCAUUGCCCGUCUGCGUCGUCCAAGGCGCGAGAAUACCUCUCAAGUCGGUACGAUUGCGAAGCGAAUCAACAUCUCCGCCAGAGUACUUGACGGAGAGCGAACUCAUCGGCUUGAUGGAGAAGAACGGCAUCGGCACGGAUGCGUCAAUACCGACGCACAUCAACAACAUCCAAGUGCGCAAGUACGUCGAUGUCGCAAAAGGCCGUCGAAUAGUGCCGAGCCAGCUCGGGAUCACGCUCGUUCAAGGAUAUCACGCCAUUGACUCCGAGCUCGUGUUGCCCACGGUGCGUCGGCACGUCGAGCGACAGCUGGAUCUCGUCGCCAAAGGUCAGGCCCCGUACGAGGGUGUGGUCGCUCAUAUUCUCGCCCAGAUGUUCGACAAGUUCAACUACUUCACCACAAACAUCGCCGCCAUGGAUGCGCUCUUCGAAGCGUCAUUUUCGCACACGACGACGGAGUCUACGCCGUACUCCAAGUGCGGUCGGUGUUCGAGAUAUCUCAAACUCGUCGGCGCGACCGGGCGCAUUCAGCGUCUCUACUGUCCGACCGAGGAGGUGGUUUACGAACUCCCGAUCGGCGGCGUGUUCAAACAACACAACGGUCGCACGUGCGCGAUAUGUGGCUUCGAACUGUUGAUAGUUUCCCAAAAAGGCACGGGGCGCGCGUAUCCGCUGUGUCCGUUUUGUUUCAACCAUCCCCCGUUCGAGGGCGCGCCUCGAAUUAAGGCUUUACUCCGAGGCUCACCGCACCCGCGCGAGCACCCAGUCGCGGACGACGUGAGCGUAUCAACGUGUCCCGAGUGCGCGGCGUCGAAUAGACCGGGCGUGUUGAUGCUCGAUCCCGCGGCGACGUCGCCCGGAAAGCUGUACUGCUCGAGCGCGGCGUGCGACGUCCUCGUUCGACUGCCGCCUAGCGUGAAACGAAGCGCCGUGAGCCACGACGCCGAGUGCGCAGCGUGCGAGGCGAAGUGUUUAGAUCUCGAGAUGUUCAACGGGGAUAAGGCAACGGUGUGUCUGAGAUGUGAGGAUGAGUUGAGCGAAUCCGUUCGCGUCGUCCGAGUCAAGCCGCCGAGCUCGGGUCGCGGCGGAAGAGGUCGCGGCGGAAGAGGCGGCCGGGGACGGGACGACGAACGGCGACGCGAGUGA